AUGACAUUCGUUGGUUAUUCGACCCAACAGAAAGCGUACAGAUUCUUGGACAGGAGCUCCGGGCACGUCAUCAACAGCAGAGAUGCUCGUUUCAUGCUGACUAGCAGUUUCCAAGAAGAAGAAGAAGGCAAUGGAAGUAUUGUUGAAUAUCGCUUCUCUUCGGCCAACAAUUUUCAACCUAAUCCAUUUCCUAUCGUUGCACGGGACGUUUGCGGUGAACCAGCAGACGACGAAUCGGAUGACGACACCACACUCACCGAAGAUCACGAUGCCGAUGAACGUCCCCUCAAAGCACAGAGUGAACGGCCAUCAACGAGCACUCCGAUCGAACAAAGGCCACUCGAACAAAGGGAUAACGCCACCUCGAUUUCCCGAAGUCAGCAGCCUGGUAAGCCAGCAAACGUUCAAACCGAGGACUCUAGCAGAAGCGCUAGCGAAUCCUCAACGGGAUCACUGGAAAAAUGUUAUGGAUGA